UAUUCUUCAUGCUUCUUAGCCUUUGUCUUCAUCACUGUCCCCUUUUUCUUGCUUUUAAGAUCUUUUUGUUGUUCGGUCUUGACAAGUCACACGAAUAUAAGUAUGAAACAGCUACUGUAAAUUAUGAUUCCAGAGCGUCAAGAAGAUGUCAAGCGGCCACGAGACUGUGAACUGUGUCUCAACAAACACGCGGUUUGGUAUUGUGCAUCCGAUGAUGCUUUCUUGUGCCAUGUUUGUGAUGAAUCAGUGCAUCGUGCAAACCAAGUGGCGACAAAACACGACAGAGUUUGCCUUAUAACAAAUGAGAUAUCUAAUGGCGUGCUUCAAGGAACGGCACGAAAGCCGGUUUGGCACAGCUGGUUCAGAAGAAAACCAAGAACACCUAGAGUCCGUUGCGAGAGAAAGCCACAAGGGAAGGUAGAUGAUGAGAGAAGAAGAGAAGGCCCUCAUGUUCCCGAGAUUGGAGGCGAAACCAAUGAAGAAGAUGAGAAUCUAACUUCUCUUGUGCCAGAGUUUCAGGGAUUUAUAGAGAUGGGAUUCUUCUUGAGCAACCAUGAUGGUUCUGAAGAAACAAUGAGACAAUUCAACGUUGACCAUGAAACUGAUGAAAUGGAAGAUCUAUGUUACAUUGAAGAAGAAGGUAAAACCAAUGGAGAUAAAGCAUGUCAUGAACAAUCUUUGACGAUCUGCAAGAAUGAGUACGACAUUAAUCCCACCCUGGUUACAACAAAGACAGAAGAAAAUGCAAAGCAGAGGAACAUGUUACUUAGACUUAAUUACGAAAACGUUAUAGCGGCAUGGGAUAAGCAAGAAUCUCCAACAACAGCAACGUGGAACCAAAAUGAGUUUAACAACACAAGUAACUUCCAGCUAGUUCCUCCAGGGAUAGAGGAGAAGAAUGUAAGCAACAGAAGUGAGAGAGAAGCAAGAGUAUGGAGGUACAGAGAUAAACGCAAGAAUCGUUUGUUUGAGAAGGAGAUAAGGUACGAAGUUAGAAAGGUUAACGCAGACAAAAGGCCGAGGAUGAAAGGUCGAUUUGUCCGGAGAUCUUUAACCAACGACUCCUAGGAAUGGAUUCUCAGAUUCUUCUUUGUCCGAGUUCUUGUCAUAUAAUAUCAAAGUAGAAUAAACAAGAAUUCAGAUACAAAUAUCUUCAAGAAUUGUUUGACAAAAGAAUAAUUAGCAAAUGAUUUGACAGGAGUUAACCAAUUCUA